UGACCAGAGACUGCGGACAGCACAGGGAUGACCAGAGACUGCGGACAGCACAGGGAUGACAGAGACUGCGGACAGUACAGAUGACUGCUGACCUUUGGGGAGAGGAACAGGUAUGAUCAAAGAACAAAGAAGUAAGAGCGGGUACCUGUCAAAUUCAGGUACCCGCUCCCCACUUCCCCAAAGGUCAGCAGUCAUCUCCAUAAGGUCCCGCUGCAGAGCUGAGCGGCCGGCCCGGUAUUCUGACACGGCCGCGGUGGAAAUACCGGACCGGCCGCUCCAUAUUCGCUCCAUAAGACGCACUGACAUU